AUGGCGCCCAAGGCCGAGAAGAAACCCGCCGAGAAGAAGCCGGCGGAGGAGAAGGCCGAGAAGAAGCCCAGGGCGGAGAAGCGCGUGCCCGGCAAGGAAGGCGGCGAGAAGAAGGGGAAGAAGAAGGCCAAGAAGAGCGUCGAGACGUACAAGAUCUACAUCUUCAAGGUGCUCAAGCAGGUGCACCCGGACAUUGGUAUCUCGUCCAGGGCCAUGUCCAUCAUGAACUCCUUCAUCAACGACAUCUUCGAGAAGCUCGCCGCCGAGGCCGCCAAGCUCGCCCGCUACAACAAGAAGCCCACCAUCACCUCCCGGGAGAUCCAGACCUCGGUGCGCCUCGUCCUCCCCGGCGAGCUCGCCAAGCACGCCGUCUCCGAGGGCACCAAGGCUGUUACCAAGUUUACUUCCUCUUAG